AUGGCUGAGAACCUGGGUGUUGUAGGGAGUGCGAUCAGCAUUUUACAAUUGGUGGAGCAGACGAUCCAAACGAUAAACCGUGUGCGAGCUCUGCGGGCUUUUAUGGGAACAGUUUCAGAUGACCUGGAGGAGUUUCUUGAUGAUAUUGAGAUCGUGCAAAAGAUCCUGAUGACACUGACGCCAGAGAUGCUCGACGCGCUCAGUGUGCCAUUGAUAGAGCGCCGAUUGCAGAGAUUCCAGGCAGACUUGACCGUAUUUGCAGCUGUGGUACAAACCGAGCGGGACCGUGUUGCAAAUAAAAGACUCGCAAAGUUCAAGCUAUUUUUGAAAAAGGAAAAACUGCAGAAACAGAGGGACAGCCUCGAAAAUAUCAGGCACACACUGAUAUUACUUCAGCAAACUUACUUCAGCUCAAAGCCGACCCGCGACAGCAAUCCUCGACGGCCAAAAAAACUUCAGCACACAUACGCCUGUGGGACCCGAAAGAAUAGAAACUUCUCGUUCCGCACACCCCUUUUGUUUGUCGACAAGUUCUGGAAUCUGAACAUCACUGAAAUCAACUCAGGCUGGAACUUCGGCAUUCGGUCAUACAACGUCAUACCGGACAACUCUGCAAUCAUUCACCACUGUCAGUCUGGCAACAUUGAAGAAAUUCAACGACUGUUUGACAAUCGUCUUGCGUCUCCCUUCGACUGCGAUGAGGAUGGAUGGUCGUUGCUCCACUGGGCCGUUGGCUGUGGCCAACUAGAAGUUUGCAAGUUCCUAUUGCAGAAUGGUGCCGAUCCUACCGUGAGGGAUGGCAUAGGACAGACCGCUUUGGAGUUUAGCACCUACUAUCGGUGGAUGGCUGACCCGCAGAAUCUGGAGGACCUAGACCGCACUGUCAAUCUUUAUCGCCUGCUUCUCACGGACAAUGAAGAUGUGCUGCUUGAGAAGCCCGAGAGUACAUUCGUUGGACGGGUUUGGUUUCAAGGACCCCCUGGAGCCCUUAGACUGAUCCAGGAGUCUUUGUUCGUUAACUACGCUUCGCUACCUAUUGAACUUCGUUUCAGACGAGCGAUGUCCCUAGAGGCCUGGAAUUUCGGGAGCCCCGGCCCAGAAAUGCUUCGUGUCGCAAUGGGAGGGGAUAGCAUUGACUCUACUGCCUAUCACCUAACCGACGAGGAUGGAACAACCUUGCUGUGUAAAGUCGUGGCGCUCAUGGCGGUGGAUAUUGCACAUUCAAGGGAAGACAACAUAUCUGGUUGGCGUGAGAUACUCCGGGAGGCACUCCAGGCCGGGGCAGAUCUGUGCCAGAUAUCAACGCAGCACGGCUAUUCCCACACGCCCUUGAUGAUGUCUUUCGAUUUUUACGCAGUUCACCUCGGCGGAAUAAGGCGAGCAAGGUAUAAUUUCCACCAGAUACUCCAGCGUUGGGCGCUCGAGCUGCAGGCGGCAGGUGUUGAUCUAGCUGCUUACGGAGCUAAGGAAAGUGCACUUUGGAAGUCUGGUGCCGUUGACUCUUCUUUCAAAGUCUUUAUGUGGUCUUUACGUAAGGAUCCGUUCUACCACAAUCAAUCGGAAGAAUAUGGAGAGUGGUUGGAGGUUCACCUGUUCUCCUUGAGCUACGGUCCUAAUCCGGAGGAUUGGCAUGUAUGGUUCGAUAACCCGGUGGACGAGGUGGUGGGUGAGUUCUGGGAGAUGAUGGAAAGGGAGGAGGAAAUUAUGCCAGGCACAUGGGUGGAAUGA